CAGCACCACUUCCCUCCCAGGGCGUUCUGGGUCCCCGCCCCCUUGCAAGUCACGUGAGUCAUCAAAAUGGCGGCGCUCGGGUAUGAGGCUGGGGCUAAGUUGGAUUCAGGUGUGGAGCCGGUGGGAGCUGAGGAAGCGCCCAAGGAUGUCAAGAUGACAGCAUAUAUGCAUGGUCAGCCGAGUCCUUUUCUAGAAGACGCAAAACUCAGAAGACCAAUGAUCAUAGAAAUCAUAGAAAAAAAAUAUGAAUGUCUUAAAAAAGAAAUGAUGCCAUAUAUAUAUCAUAUGACAUUGAUUGGAACAGCAGCUGGUUGCACUGGAAUAUUCACAAACUUCACAUUCAGACACACCUUCAAGGUCAAAUAUGAUGCUUUGAAGACAUAUGCAUCAUUGGCUACAGUUCCAUUUUUGUCUACUGUGGUUGCCCACAAGCUUCUUGUAAUCGAUGCUUUGUAUUCAGAUAAUAUAAGCAAGGAAAACUGUGUUUUUAGAAGUUCACUGAUUGGCAUGGUAUGUGGUGUUUUACAACCUAAUUCUUCGGCUUUUCUUAAAAAUGGACGUCUGGCAACCAAAUGGAGUCUCACUCUGUAGCCCAGGCUGGAGUGCAGUGGCACAAUCUUGGCUCACUGCAACCUCUGCUUCCCGGGUCCUGGUUUAAGCGAUUCUCCUGCCUCAGCCUCCCAAGUAGCUGGGAUUACAGGCACACGCCACCAUGCACAGCUAAUUUUUGAAAUUUUAGUAGAGAUGGGGUUUUGUCAUUUUGGCCAGGCUGGUCUUGACCUCCUGACCUUGUGAUCCACUCACCACAGCCUCCAAAAGUGUUGGAUUACAGGUGUGAGCCACUAUGCCUGGCAACAUGUUUGUUUAGAGUUUCCUAAGGCAUCCUUGAGCUGCCCAUUUAUCUUAGUUCAGAAAAUGAACACGGACAAGAAGAAUUACAGAAUGGAACUGUACAUCUCAUUCUCCAUAUCCUAACCAUAUUCAUUUAGAGAUUAAAAACAUGGUAACCUUGGAAAUACAGGAAGGUUGACUUAAAUUCACCUCUCCUACCACCAGAAAGUGGAAUAAAUUUGUACCUUACUCCAUGACUUCAGAUUGUUCUGUAACAAAAAAAAGCUGGCAAAUUCCUUCAGCUUUGAAAUGCACUAAUUGCCACAGUGACUAUAAGAGGCCUGAAAGGAGAAAUUAGGGAAACCUUGGCCUGCUGGGCUUGAGCCCAAAGGUGAAGCCAGGUGAAACAGUGAAAAAAAGCAACAAGUGCAGAGUUGUGAAGGUCAGCUUGCAGCUCUAUUCAAGAUUGAAAUCCUGGCCUCAUUACUUAUUAACAAGAUAAUCUUGAAUAAGCUAUUUCACGUCUCUGCACUUAAGUCUCCUUAUCUAUCAAAUGAGGAAUAAAAACUGUACUCAAUCUCAAAGUGUUAUAUUAAAUGAGUUAAUAUAUGUAAAUCAAAACAGGACCCAACUCAUACAAAAUCUAAAUGUAUUAGCUGCUAUCUUAGUCCACUUGGGCUAAUGUAACAAAAUAGCAUGGACUGGUGACUUAUAAACAACAGAAAUUUAUUUCUCAUAGUUGUGGAAGCUAGGAUUUGGUGUCUGAGAGCCUGCUUUCUUGUUCAUAGAUAAUGCUUUCUUGUGUCCUCACAUGAUGGAAGGGGCAAGAGCGCUCUCCGGAUCCUCUUUAAUAAGUGUAAAAACCUCAUUCAUGGGGGCUCUGCCCUCAUGACCUAAUCACUUCCCAAAGGCCUCACCACAUAAUACCAUCACCUUGGGGUUAGUAUUUCAAAAUACAAAUUCAGGAGGCACAAACAUUUAGACCAUAGCAGCUGUCAUUAUUGUUACUAUUGCUGCAUGUCAAGUAUCACGGUCCUUUUCCUAGUCUGUAGUUAUCAGUCUAGUCUAGCACUUCGGUAGAAAAAUUAGAAAUGUCCACUAAAGAGAAGCCACAAGAUAUCUUUCAUUUGAAUAAAUACAUAUUCACUUAUUCAGCUAAUGUUGAUUAAACACAUUGUAUGAAAGAUAUUUAAUACUACAUAUUGAGCAAGCUAUGUAAACUUUCUGUGUUUUCUCUUAAAACAUAUUAACUGCUUUAUAGUGUGGUUAUAAAAAGUAAAGUACAUAGAACCAUACCAUACCACACCUGGCAUGUAGAAGUUGCUCAGUAAAUGUAUUUACAUCAUCUGUUUUCCCUGAUAGGUGUAUAAUAAUAACUAAGAUAUGGUCCCUCUUAUAAGAACUUACCUUCACUCUGUUUUUUUUUGUGUGUGUGUGUGUGUGUUUUUAAGGAUACUGAUGUGUGUUUUUUAAUUAAAUUAAAUUUUCUAUCUUCAUGAGUUAAAAAUUUAAAGCCAGAGAGUAAUAUGCUAAUAAGAAAAAUUUAAGGUAAAGUAUAGUAGUAUUUUCAAGUUAUAACACUUUGUUUUUAAUGACAAAUUAACAAAUACAAUAUGAAUGAAUUAAUGUAUUAUAUACACACAUAAUGUAUGCAAAUAGUAUUGCGUGUGGGUAUAUAUAUUUAUAUAUGCAUAAGGUAUCAUGUUUGCCAGUGCAUUUGUUAUGCACAAAUUAUGUAUCCAUUUAUUUUCUGAUUUUUUUUUUUUUUUUGUAAGAAUUUCAGGACACCAACAGCAAAGCAUUAAACCAAGUUCAGGGACCUUCUAAGCACAGAGCUCCAAGCAACUGCACAGAAAGCAUGUACACAAAAAGAGCUGUGGCUGUAGUCCAGGAUAUUUCUUUCUUUCUUUUUUUUUUUUUUUUUUUUUUAGAAAGAAAAAGAGAGAACAGGAAUGUAGCUUUAUUCUAAAAAUGGGUAUUAAUAAUGGCUGAUCAAUAUUCUGUGUAUUUAAGAUGGAGAAUGGAGAAUGUAUAUUUUGUGUAUUUAAAAUGGAGAGCUCUAUAAAUAUUUAUUGAGUUUACUUGUUCGUAUCUGAGAUCAAGUCCUGGAUAUCCUUAUUAAUUUUCUGUUUCGUUGAGUCUAAAUCUCUUUAUGGGUCUUAUGUAUCGAGUGUUAGGAUCAUUAGCUCUUAUUGUUGCAUUGAUCCUUUUAUCACUAUAUCUUUGUUGCUUUGGAAUCUAUUUUAUCACAUGCGAGAAUUGCAACUCCUACUUUUUAUUUAUUUAUUUAUUUUUGCUCUCCAUUUGGUUGGUAAAUCUUUCUCCAUCCCUUUGUUUUGAGUCUUUGUGUAUCCUUGGAUGUGAAAUGGGUCUGGAUGUAGCAUACCAUUAGGUUUUAGAUGUAUCUUUUGAUUGGGGGAUUUAGUCGACUUAAAUUUAGGGUUACUGCCAUUUGAUGUUAACUGGCUAUUUUAUCCAUUCGUUGAUGUGAAUUCUUCUUUAUGUUGAUGCUCUUUACUUCUUAGUAUAUUUUUAGAAAGGCUAAUACUGGUGUUCCUUUCUAUGUAUAAUGCUUCUUUCAGAAGCCCUUGUAAAGCAGGCCUGGUGGUAAUAAAAUCUCUGAGUACUUGCUUGUUCAUAAAAGAUUUUAUUCUUCCUUCAAUUGUGAGGCUUAGUUUGGCUGGAUAUAAAAUUCUGGGCUGAAAGUUCUGUUCUUUAAGGAUGUUGAAUAUCAGCCCCCACUCUCUUCUGGCUUGUAGAGUUUCUGCUGAGAGAUCUGCUGUAAGUCUAAUAGGCUUCCCUUUGUGGGUAACCUGACCUUUCUCUCUGGCUGCCCUUAGUAUUUUCUCCUUCGUUUCAACCCUGGUGAAUCUAAUGAUUAUGUGCGUUGGGGUUGCUCUUCUUGAGGAAUAUCUUUGUGGUGUUCUCUGUAUUACCUGGGGUUGAAUAUUGUCCUGCUUUGCUAGAUUGGGAAAGUUUUCCUGAAUAAUACCCUGAAGAAUAUUUUCCAACUUGGAUUCAUUCUCUUCGUCAUAUUCAGGUACACCUAUCAAACGUAAAUUAGGUCUUUUCACUUAGUCCCAUAUUUCUUGGAGACUUUGCUCAUUCCUUUUUAUCCUUUUUUCUCUAUUCUUGUCUUCUCGUUUUAUUUCAUUAAGUAGGUCUUUGAUCUCUGCUAUUCUGUCUUCUGCUUGAUCAAUUUGGCUAUUCAAACUUGUGCAUAUUUCACUAAGUUUUUGUGUUGUGUUUUUCAACUCCAUUAGUUCAUUUAUAUUCCUCUCUAUAUUUUCUAUUCUUGUUAGCAUUUCAUCAAACCUUUUUUCAAAGUUCUUAGUUUCUUUACAUUGGGUUAGAACAAGUUCUUUUAACUCCCAGAAGUUUCUUAUCCUCCACCUUCUGAAGCCUACUUCUGUUAAUGGCACACAGUCCUUUUCCAUCAGGGCUUGUUCUGUUGCUGAUGAGGAACUGUAAUCCCCUGUAGAGGGAGAGGGGUUCUGAUUGUGGGUAUUCUCAGCCUUUUUAGGCUGGUUUCUUCCCUUUGUUAUAAAUUUAUCCAUCUGUGGUCUUUACAAUUACUGCCUUUCUAGUUGGGUUUCUGAGUGGACGUCCAGUUUAUUGAUGCCCAGAGCCGGAAUCUGAGCAACCCGCUGCGCCAGCCAUAACAGCAGUGUUAAGACUGAUGGUGCUCUUCUGCCCGGGAAUCUCCUUCCCGUUUACUCUGCACAAAGAGCUGCCGCACCGAUGCGCCAGCAAAACCGCUGCGCCGGCCACAAGAGUCGCGCUGGUGACCCGUGGGGCUCCUCCACUGGGAAUCUUCUGGUCCACGAGCGACAAAAAUUCAUCUGAAAGUGUGGCAUCCUCUCAUUCUCUGCGCUUUCACUGGGAGCUACAAUCCCGAGCUGUUAGCGAUCAGCCAUCUUGGAUCACUUACCUUCACGCUGACCUCUUCAUUUCCCCUGACUCCCUUCACCAUGUGAUUUCCCUGUGAUUUUGUGUUGUUACUACAUUGCACUGCAUUGCUUGGGUUGUAUUGUGUACUGAUUUUCUCUCUGCUUUUGUACAAUUGUCUUAUCUUGCAUUAACUACUCAGUUUUUGAAUUUUUCAAGUUUAAGCAGUAACCUAACAAUGAAAAAAUAGUAUUUUACA